UUUUUUUCUUCCUGAGGUUCCUGGUAGUUUGAAAUAAAUACAUCCCGCUUUUCUGUGGCUUCAAACUACACUUACGCCAAGAAGUUGAUUCAGAUGCCAGUUGUGCAGCCAGUCCAAAGGCGGAGAGUGAGCCCGGGAGCUGGGACCUGCGGGAACAUGAGUGGCUUCUUUGCAAAGGCAACUGAGAGAGAGCCUUUAUUCCUUGUGUGACUGGAACAUUUCUCCAAAUACCUCUUGACUGCAUGAGUCGUGUAGUUCUGCCCUAAACGUGCCCUUGGGCCCCUGUAAAUAAAUCAUCGGAAGAAUUGCUUGGACAGAGCAGUCUUUGAAGGAGGGUCUGUUGAGGAAUCAUGACCAAGAACUUGGAGGUCAUCAAUUUGUCGUUUUUGUUGGAACACGAGAGGGAAACAAUAUUGGGAGUAUUGAAGAGAGAUGAAUAUCUGAAAAAAGUUGAAGAUAAAAGGAUAAGGAAAUUGAAAAAUGAGCUGCUGGAAGUGAGAAGGAAAGGUGGAAACCGCCACAGUCAGCAGGACAGCAGCAGAGUCUGUGUUCGCUGCCAGAAAAAUCUGGGCCUCAUCUUUGACCGGGGAGAGCUGUGCCCGGCCUGCAAGCUCCGAGUCUGCGCCCAGUGUCGUGUGGCGGGCAGCGACGGCCAGUGGAAGUGCUCGGUGUGCGCGAAGAUUGCACAGCUGAGGAUAGUGACAGGUGAAUGGUUUUUCGAAGAGAGAGCAAAGCGCUUCAAACAGUCCAGUGUCCUUGGAACCGACGUUGUCAGACAGUCCAUCCUGCGCAAAUUCCCGGCUAAUGAUGCAGUUUCCAGUAAGGAUGAAGGAAGACUGGAUCAACCGCAGGAGAGUGCAGAAAAACAUCCAGAUGCAUCAGCCUCCUCCUCAAAUGGACAUAAAUCUAUCUUCAGCGGACCUGGAAAGAUAGGGAAGGUGUUUAGGGCGGUUACCAAGGGAGAAGCUGCAGAUCCAGGAGAUGAAGCCGGAGGGCCGGCAGCCUGGGAAGCGGAACGGCGCAGCCUGCGCAGUGGCAGCUCCACGCCGAGCCCGCAGAGGGGGAGCGCCCUCGCCCUGGACAGCAGCGACACGGAGGCUGGUGCCGGCCGCCGGGAAGGAGCUGCGGGCCCCGCGGGCGGAAGCCGCCUCUCCCCUGCAGCCCUGGCCGGGGCUGCGGCGCUGGGCGCAUGCGGCACCACCACAGAGGACACCGGGGUCACUGGCUUAGAAAAUGGCAUCAUUUUUCCUGCAAGUGAAAGUGUACCUGAAGAUUUAGUAAAAAAGCACUGUAGGAAAUCAUCUGGAACACCUUCCAUUGCAGUUUCUAGGGUAUCUUUGUCAUCAGAUCGCAGUCGAUCUGAGAUAGAUUUGAGUGAAUCUUUCUCUGAAGGAAAUGAGGAUGCUCUGAGCAUAAGGAGCAAAUCUGUACCUAGUGCCUUAGAUCAAGACUUGGAUUACCUGGCUGAGACUGAAGAGGAUAUUGAUGACAUAGAGGCCUCUCGUUACUCAAGGAAACAUGGACAUAUGACAAGUGGGUUAUCAACGAACUUCCCAGAAGGUUCUGAUAGAAAAUGGAGCUACUUAAAUGUGCCUGAAGCAGAUGCUGACACUACCAGCAUCAACAGCCUGCUGAGCGUGUACAGCGAAGCGGGUGACUAUGGCAAUGUGAAGGUCAGCGGGGAAAUCCUCCUGCACAUCAGCUACAGCUACAAAACGGGGGCGCUCAGCAUCCUGGUGAAAAGUUGCAGGAACUUGGCUGUGGCAGAUGAGAAGAAGCAAAGGACAGAUCCCUACGUCAAGGCCUACCUUUUGCCGGAUAAGUCCCGCCAGAGUAAACGCAAGACCAAAAUUAAAAGCAACAGCACCAAUCCGGAGUUCAAUGAGACGCUCAAGUAUGUCAUCAGCCACACGCAGCUCGAAACGAGGACCCUGCAGCUCUCUGUCUGGCACUAUGACAGAUUUGGUCGCAACAGCUUCCUCGGGGAGGUGGAAAUUCCGUUUGAUUCCUGGAACUUUGAUAAUCACGGCGAUGAGUGGUUUGUGCUGCAGCCCAAGGUGGAGGUUGCAACAGAUGGCGGGCUGCAGUAUAAAGGAGAACUGACAGUUGUUUUACGCUACAUUCCCCCAGAGAGAAACCUCAUGCUUCCUCUAGGGCAGUUUCAAGGAAAGAAGAGCUUUAAAAAAGGAAGAAAGAGAGACUCUCACUUGCCAUCUGGAGGUAUAUUAGAAGUCCUCAUCAAAGAAGCCAAGAAUUUAACAGCGGUGAAAUCAGGAGGCACGUCUGACACUUUUGUGAAGGGAUACCUGCUGCCAGACGACAACAAAGCUACCAAACACAAAACUCCCAUAAUAAAAAAGAACGUGAAUCCCCAGUGGAAUCACACGUUUGCUUUUAGUGGCUUGAGUUGCCGGGAUGUCCGUAACGCCUGCCUCGAGCUGACCGUGUGGGACAAGGAGUCGCUCUCCAGCAACAUCUUCCUGGGAGGGGUCCGCCUGAGCACGGGGAGUGGUGUGAGUAAUGGCAAGGAGGUUGACUGGAUGGACUCCCAAGGGGAAGAGCAGCACCUCUGGCAGAAGAUGAUCGACAGUCCUGGAACUCCUGUGGAGGGGAUACUAAUGCUGAGAUCCAGCAUGGGACAACGCAGACUCUGAAGGACUCUGAACUACAGAGGGGUGCCACAAGUGCUCACGUCUUCACUGGUGUCCACACUUUUGUAGCUUUGCCCAUAUGAAAGUGGGUCAGGGUUGCACACUUUGCCUUGGCUAUUAAGGCUCCACGUGAGAUUUUAAUGCAUUCUGCACUUUCAUGCACACAUUUUUCACCUUGGCUUCCGAUAGAGGAUUAUUUUUCUCGUGAAACCAGGGAAAAUUUGACCUUGCGCAGAGAUGAAACUGAGCUUUCUCUCUCUGUUCUGAUGAGUGGUAUAUGGCCAAUGGAUGUCCCCUUCUGUAGGGAACAUGGAGUGAGCAAAUUCUUAUUUGACAAGUAAUGCCUCUAGUAUGCAUCUCAUUCUGGAUCCAAAAUGGCCUAAGUCAGAGUCAAAAGACGCAGAGUACAAGCAGAUUCAGAGCAAGUCUGUGUUUUGGUAUUUGGAAUAUGAGAAGCCACGGGGUUCUGAAGGAUAACAAGUAACAUGCGUUUGU